AUGGCGACGACCAAUGGCAAUGCUGCGGCCGACGCCCAGCCCAAGGCCCCGACCGGCAACCCUUCACAUCGCUAUCUGAGCACCCGUGGCGAGGACUCUGGAUUCACGUUUGAGCAGGCUGUCCUCAAGGGCCUCGCCUCCGAUGGCGGCCUCUUCAUCCCCGAGGCCAUCCCCGCGGCCGCCGACUGGCAGGCCUGGAAGGACCUCUCCUUUGCCGACCUGGCCUACGAGGUGCUCUCGCUCUACAUCUCCCCCGACGAGAUCCCGCCCGCCGACCUCCGCGACAUUGUCAAGCGCAGCUACGCGACCUUUCGCCACGCCGACACGACGCCGCUCGUCCACCUCCACGACAGCCACUACCUGCUCGAGCUCUUCCACGGGCCGACGUUUGCGUUUAAAGACGUGGCGCUGCAGUUUGUCGGCAACCUGUUUGAGUACUUUCUCGUGCGCAAGAAUGAGGGCAAGACGGGCAAGGACCGCCACCAUCUCACCGUCGUCGGCGCGACCAGCGGCGACACGGGCUCGGCCGCCAUCUACGGCCUCCGCGGCAAAAAGGACGUCUCUGUCUUCAUCAUGUUCCCGACCGGCCGCGUCAGCCCCGUCCAGGAGGCGCAGAUGACGACAGUCCUCGACGCCAACGUCUACAACCUCUCCGUCGGCGGCACCUUUGACGACUGCCAGGACAUUCUCAAGGCGCUCUUUGCCGACGAGGACGCCAACGCCGCCCUCAACCUCGGCGCCGUCAACUCGAUCAACUGGAGCCGCAUCCUCGCCCAGAUUGUCUACUACUUUCACGCCUACUUCUCCCUGGUGAAGCAGGCGCCCGACGGCUUCAGGCUGGGCGACAAGGUGCGCUUCGUCGUGCCCACGGGCAACUUUGGCGACAUCCUGGCCGGGUACUUUGCGCAGCGCAUGGGCCUGCCGGUCGACAAGCUCGUCAUUGCCACCAACGAGAAUGACAUUCUCGACCGCUUCUGGAGGACGGGCACGUACGAAAAGCACGCCAAGCCGUCGUCCCAAGGCCCCGGAGAGAAUGGCGCGACGCCCGCCGCCGCCGUCGUCGACGCGGAUCCGUCCGGCGUCAAGGAGACGCUCAGCCCCGCCAUGGACAUUCUCGUCUCGAGCAACUUUGAGCGCCUGCUCUGGUUCCUCGCCCACGAGUUUGCCGGCACCGCCGGCAUGGGCGACGAGUGGAACAAGCGCCAGGCCGGCCAGGAGGUCGCCGGCUGGCUGCAGCAGCUCAAGGCGGCCGGGUCCUUUGGCCCCGUCUACCCGGACCUGCUCGCCGCCGCCCAGCGCGACUUUGAGAGCGAGCGCGUCACCGACGCCGAGACGCUCGCCACCAUUGCCGACUUUUACCGCCGCGUCGGGUACGUCCUCGACCCGCACACGGCCGUCGGCGCCGCCGCCACGCGGCGCUCCGUCGCGCGCGCGUCGCCCGGCGUCCCGCACAUUUCGCUGUCGACGGCCCACCCGGCCAAGUUCUCGGGCGCCGUGGAAAAGGCGCUCAAGGGCGAGCCCGGGUUCGACUUUGCCAAGCAGGUGCUGCCCGACGAGUUUGUCGGGCUCGAGACGAGGGAGCGCCGCGUCGCGACCGUCGAGAACGACUGGCGCAAGGUCCGCGAUCACGUCAAGGCCCAGGUGGAAAAGGAGCUGGCGGGACAGCAGUAA